AUGGCUACAGAAACAAAGAUUGAAAAGAAGCCCGUCAACUUCUCAAACCUCCUUCUUGGUGCUGCCCUUAACUUGGCUGAAGUUACCACUUUGGGCCAGCCCCUCGAGGUUAUCAAGACCACUAUGGCCGCUAACCGUGGUGAUUCUUCCCUUACUGCAAUCUCGAAAAUCUGGAGUCGUGGUGGCUUCUUUGGCUUUUACCAAGGCCUUAUUCCUUGGGCUUGGUUUGAGGCCUCCACCAAGGGUGCUAUCCUCUUCUUCGUCUCUGCUGAGGCUGAAUACGCUGCAAAGGCUUCCCUGGGUAUGGGCAACUUUGCUGCCGGUAUAACUGGUGGUAUUCUCGGUGGUGUUGCACAGGCAUACGGUACUAUGGGUUUGACCACUUGCAUGAAGACUGUCGAAAUCACUAGAAAUAAGGCCUCUUCCGUUGCCGGCGCUAAGGUCCCCGGUACUUGGGAGGUUUUCACUCAAAUCUACAAGAAGGAAGGCAUUAAAGGUAUCAACAAGGGUGUUAAUGCUGUUGCUAUCCGCCAAAUGACCAACUGGGGGUCUCGUUUCGGGUUUGCCCGUCUGGCUGAAGAAGGUAUCAGAAAGGUCUCUGGUAAAACAAACAAGGAUCAGAAACUUAAUGUCUGGGAAAAGAUCUGUGCCUCCAUUGUUGGUGGUGGUCUUUCUGCCUGGAACCAACCUAUUGAAGUUAUCCGUGUUGAAAUGCAAUCUAAGACCCAUGACCCUAACAGACCUAAGAACUUGACUGUUGGCACUGCCUUUAAGUACAUUUAUGAGACCAAUGGUAUCAAGGGUCUUUACAGAGGUGUUACCCCCCGUAUUGGUCUGGGUGUUUGGCAGACUAUCUUUAUGGUCGCUCUUGGUGACAAGGCUCGUGAGCUUGUUUCCAAAAUGACAGGUGAAAAGGUCACUGGUGGCCAUUAA